AUGGCGGCAGCGGGAUGCGGAUCAGCAACCGCGGCUGCCGUUGUGGGCGCAGGCGGUGUGGGCGCGGCGCGGGGUCGCUUCCCCGGGCGGCCUUGGUCGUCGCGGAGCCGUUUGCGCUCGGAGAAACGAUGGCAGCUCGGCCGCUCUGGGACAGACGAAGAUGAGAGCUACUCCAGCGGAGGCCCGAGGCCCACUGGCCUGGAGUUCGCGCUGAACGAGGACCCGUCGCACUUGCGCCUUCUCGGCAUAGAGGCGAGUUACACGAGGCUGGGAGAGGCUGGAUACAGCUCCAGUGGAAGCGAAGAGGGAACUGAAUUCGAAGGCUUUGCAGUUGAAAAGGCAAACAGCAAUGUUCUGUUUCCCUCUGGACGAAAUCCUUGUAAACGUGAUCAUGCUUCAGCAAAGUCAUCUAAGAGAAUACGUCAAAGGCUGGAUUGUGCAGUGGCUCCAAUAACAGAAAAUGCAGGUUCACAAGACCCUCAAAUUGAUUCAGGUGCUGCACUACAACUUCAUUGUCAAGAGCUUCCAAAAGACAUAUUAGUAAAUGAUGAUGAUGGUGGUGGUGGAGGAGGAGGAUCAGAGAAGUCUUCUAAAACCAGGAGUAAAAGAGGGUCAACAAAACGGGAGACUAAAUCAACUCCGAGGAUUACCAUCAAAUUGGAGACUAAAAAGACAUUGACAACUGUCCCGUCAUUGCAACAUAAAUCUGGUAAAAAGAAGAAAGGAAUCAAAUUCAAAUCUGAAGUUGUGGAGAGUCAAUGUGCCCAAAUCUCAAGUGCUCAUGUGAAAUUAAAGACUAACAUACCAGCAAGGGAAUGCACAGCUGGUGAGGUAAAGGAUGAGGUUUGUACCAGAAGGCGAGGGAGGUCUGCUUACAUAAAAUCAGAAUCCACUCCGCAAACAGAUCCUGAAAAAGAGGCCAGUGACCAAAAAGCGAAGUUAAGAAAAUCAACCCGAAAGUCUCAAAAUUCACUGUCCAGUGAAAGUACGGUACCAAAAACUGAUGAGAAGUUGGUACAAGAGGGCUCUGAAGUAAAUAAGCUUGUAAUUAGGAGACAAUGGGGUAAGGUCUCAAAUCUUACACCGGAAUCUGGAGACCAGAGUUUGGCAGAGUCGUUGUUGGAAGUCUCAACAUUUGAUGAAUCCAGGUCACCUUCUAAAAAGAAAAAGGAAAAAAAGAAGAAAAGGAAGAAGAAUCAUAAGGAAUCGAAAAAGAAUCUGGAAUCCCAUUUACCAUCAGCAACAGAUCUUGGUCACACAGCAGAUGAUCCUCAUGGAAAGUUCUCUUUUGACAGUGAUUUUGUUGGUAUUCCAGGUCUAAAACUGACCAGAAUACGAAACCCCAAAGCCCGAUCUCGCAAGAAACGCUGCAAGUUUCUUUGGACUCUUACUCUAGUAAAGAGCAAAAGCAAGGAUACCCAUGUCGAAGAAAAUCUAGGUAAACCAGCAGAUAGCAAAAGCAAAGAUUCCCAAAUUCAAGAGAAUCUAAGCAAAAUGCUAGAAAGCCCUAGCAAAGAGACAGAACCUUCUAAAUAUGCUGAGGGAGUAGAUGUUUCUACAGAAGAAUCCACAUCCACUCCUUCCAACACAUUGGAGAUUGGCACUUCACAGGGGCCACAAAACUUGGAAAAUACUGCCAAUACUGUAACUCCCGAAAGCCCAGAGAACCCAGUGACCAUUGAGAAUGUUGAAGAGUCCUCAAAAAAGGAAAAAGCAGAUGUCGUUGAAAGGUCCGAAAUUGUCACUGAAGCACAUCCAAAGGAAGCCACUCAGACGGACCCUGAAGAACUGAUCACUAAAGAUAUUGUUGUGCCACUUCAAAUAAAGGUUGCCUCAUCACCAGGCAAAAACAACAGUUUGACGCAGUCAUUUUUAAUUAAUCAAGUCACAAUGUCACCUGAAAUAGAAGAACUCCCUGAAAAAGUAGAAGACCAAUCACAUUUAGAGAAGACUGAGAGCUUAUUGGAAAUUACUACUCCUCCUCCAGUCCCCAAAGUACGGAACAGGCUACAGCAAAAUGCUGCCAGGAAGAAGCGUGCUAAACAUAAACACUGGACAAUUUACAGACGAAAAGUUAAAACAAACCCAUCUGAAGAAAACCCUGCUUCUGAAAUUGUAACUGAAACUGAAUCUCAGUUGGAGGAAUCAUCAAUAUCACCAACAAUAGUGCCAUCACCUUCCUUUCCUUGGGAUGGAGGCCCAGCAGGAGAUUAA